UAAAAAUAUACACACACGUGUGUUUUGUUGCUUCACGCGUGUGACAAACGAAGUGAAAUUUGAAAUCACAAUCUGAAGAGAGAAAAUAAUCUCGUCGUGACUAUUCAUGGCGGAAAGGCGCCAAAUUUCUGCCAUCUUGAUGAGAAAUUGGGAUAAUCGUUGUUGUUUCAGUACAAAAAUCGAUUGGAAAAAUCGUAGCUUGGCUCCAUUAACGAGAUUCGUGGACCCAAUUGAGAAUCGAUUCUUCAAGGUGCUAGAAUCGCUAGAGGGUCGUAGGCUUGUUUCCUCUGUGCAAAUGUUUCCCAUCUUUUGCCAAAGUACUCUAGAUCGUUUUUCCCUGAGGAAUUUGGCACUGCAGAGGGGAGAAAGGCUACGAGAUAGAAUAUAUCUUCAUUUGGAGUUAUCAAAGAUAAUCACUGGACGCAUUUGCUUUUGGCAUUUUGCUCACUUACUUGGAUUGAUUGACUGGAUAAAUAAGGAUAGGACCGUUGUUGUUGCUUGUGAGAAUGUUGUUGAAAACUUCUGUAGCAAAUUGGAAUCAGGAGAUUCAGCCAGGGAUGUGGAACCUCCCAUAAACCCUUUGCUCUUAGUUUUCUCUCUGCGAUAUGCACGCGAUCCAGAAACUCGAUAUAUGGCACUUCAGAUGAAAACAAAGUGGAUGGAAUAUAAUUUAACUCUGAAAAACUUUACCAUAUGCGGUGCUGGUUCAAGAGAGAUCCGUGCCCGGGUGAUUAUGCCAAACUGUCCAAGCCCGCCAAGAACACUGAAGAAAAGUUCAGAAUUCCGCUUCUCAGAACAGUCGUCAGUGUUUUUGCUCAUGAAGAGAUGGAUAUUCUUUACAGGUGCAUAUUUUUUUGAGACUACCGCAGAGAUAAAGCAUGAAUGA